UCGAAUUGGAGCAAGGUAUCAUUGGGUUCAAUACUAGCGACUCAGCAACAUCUCCAGUCAGUUCGAAUAGUUCGCCAACAUCCAGAAGCCUAUAACUAUAGCUUCAGAAUGAAACUCUUCAUUGCCGCCCUUACCGUUUGCCUGGUAGCCUACGCAGCCGCCCAGCUCCCCAGCUCGGAAUACCUUCCCCCGGUGGACAACGCCCCCAGCCAGGAGUAUCUUCCGCCCGUGGACGCCGCUGCCAUCGGGGACACAAAGGUGUCCGACGAUGGCUACCGCUACAAGACGGUGCGCAAGCUCAAGUUCCGAGCCCGCCACCGCCGCGACGUCUCUGAAAUCGCGGAGCCCAGCAACGAGUAUUUGCCGCCCGUGGAGGUGGAGCUGGCCCCCGAGCUGAAGACCGUCCUGGGCGAUGGUUACCGCUACAAGACCGUGCGCCGGCUCAAGUUCCGCCGCCACCGCCGCGAGGCUGCCGCCGAGGAGGCUUCCGCCGAGGCCGCCCCCAACGGAGAGUACCUGCCCCCUGCCGAGGCUGCAGUCGCCCCCGUCCCCGCCCCCGCCGAGGCCGAGCCCAAGGCCGCCGAGGAGGGAACGGAGCUCGCUAAGGACGGCUACCGCUAUAAGACAGUGCGCCGUCUGCGCUACCGCCACCGCCACUAGGCCUCAGACCCGAACCUAGACAUAUUGAACCAAAUUGAUCCUGAAAGUACACACGGGAAGUAGAGUCGGACGGGGCUGGGCCACGCCCUAUCCAACUGACUUCCCUUUUUUGCCCUUCUCUAAUAUGUAGACCUUGGGUUGUCCCAGCAUAUGGAAUAAUAAAAUUUAUUCACGAAAAAUCA